AUGCUCUGUUGCUGCUGCCGCUGCCGCCACCGCCAACCACCCCAUGCGUUGGGGCUGCUGCUGCUUCUGCCUUUACUCCCUGUACCUCCCCUUGCAGCAACUGCUGUGGUCCCCGGCCGCUGUGACACUAUAUACCAGGGCUUCGCCAAGUGUCUCAUCCGCUUGGGGGACAGCAUGGGCCAUGGAGGUGAGCUGGAGACAGUGUGCAGGUCCUGGAAUGACUUUCAUGUCUGCGCUUCGCUGGUCCUGUCCGGCUGCCCAGAGGAGGCUGCUGCUGUGUGGGAAUCGCUGCAACAAGAGGCUCGCCAGGCCCCACACCCAGAUAACUUGCACAAUCUCUGCGGCGCCUCUGUGCGUGUUCCAGAGCACGGCGAGGACCGCGAAACCAACCAGGAGACAUUGAGGGCCUCUACGCCCCUGUCUACCCCGGCCCCCACCCUUCCGCUACUGGCAGCCGGGCUGGCGCUCGCCUGCCUCCUGGGUCCUCUGGCCUAG